CCGUUUCAUUGUCAACAUUCAAAUGUCAGUGUCAGUUACCAGCGUCUGUAUCUCGAAAAAAAUCAACUUAUUAUAAAAAUUAUAAUUGUUUUUAAAUCUGUCGAUGUAUCGUUAGGUUUAAAAAAUAAAUAGAUACGAGUAUUACUUCAAUAUUUAUCAUGGCUGACGAUGGUGAAAAUGUUGCUGUUAUGACUGUUAAAGAACCUCUAGACUUAAUCAGACUAAGCUUAGAUGAAAGAAUUUACGUAAAAAUGCGAAAUGAACGUGAAUUAAGAGGAAGACUACAUGCCUAUGAUCAACAUUUGAAUAUGGUUCUUGGUGAUGCAGAAGAAACUAUUACAACAGUUGAAAUCGAUGAAGAGACAUACGAAGAAGUAUAUAGAACAACAAAACGUAAUAUUCCCAUGCUUUUUGUAAGAGGAGAUGGUGUUAUUCUUGUAUCUCCGCCUGUGCGAGUUGGUGUUUAGGAUUAAGUAUUAAUAAAAACAUAUUUUGACUAUUA